AUGGACAACUCCACGGCUUCAUGGCUAGUAGCUGGGCAGUGCCAGCCCAGUGACCCCAUGCAGUUCAUCCUGGUGCCAGCCAUCUAUUGCUUGGUGUUGUGUGUGGGGUUGCCAGGCAAUCUGGCAGCCUUGCUUGUCUUUCUGCAGAGCGGACGGGUGAGGAAGGCCAUCCGCAUCUACCUCAUCAACCUCACUCUGGCUGACAUCUUCUUCAACCUCACCUUGCCCUUCUGGAUCCCCUACUACCUGGCAGGUGGCAACUGGGAACUUCCAGAGGUGGUUUGCCGCUUGGCUGGUGCUACCUACUACUUGGCCACUUAUAGCGCCAUGGCCUUCAUGACCCUCAUCAGUUUGAACCGCUACUGUACGGUUGCUAAGCUGCAGCUGGCAUUGAACAAGCCUCCGGGGGCGCUCAUGGGAUGCGCUGUGGCCUGGCUGUUGUGCUCUGCUUGUGCCGUCCCCUCCUUGACCACCCAGCAGACCCACCAGGAAGGACCUGAAAGCACAAAAUGCUUUGAGCAGCACUCAGGCCGGAGGAGUUAUGCCUACGCCAUGGUGGCGCUCUUUGUGGCCUCCUUCCUGGUGGUGUUAGGGGCCUACAUGUCCAUCAUGAGAUCCCUCUCGGCUGCAGCCAGCACCUGCCAAGGAGGACACCGGCGGCGGGCUUGUGCCAUGGUCUUGGGCAUGCUCUUGGUGUUUGUGGUCUGUGUGGCCCCUUAUCACCUCUCCCUGGUUCCUUGGGUAGCUGCCUGGAAGUCUGUUUCCUUCUGCAGGCCUCCGUCAUUUCUGGAUAACCUACAUAUGCUCAGUGUAGCUCUGCUGAGCCUCAACAGCUGCAUCGACCCACUUAUCUAUUGCUUCUCCAUCAAGCGCUUCCGGACUGACUUGUGGAGGAUGGUGCGCAAGUUUACACACUGCCUCCCACUCCCCUCCCCUCUGCUGCCACCAACCCUACCAGAAAACAGAUUUCCACUCAAUAUCAGAUCAUCUUCUUUAAUUUCCUCAUAG